AUGGAGCCUAUUAAUGAAACAAUUUUACCCUUUCAAUAUUAUCCUUUAUACCCAUUGUUUGAAGAAGGUUUGAUAGACGAAACUAUUCUAUACGGCUCAGAGGACAAUAAUAUCGGUUAUACCUCUUUUGAUUUUAGUAAUAUGCUGUUCUUUUCUAUUUGCAACUAUUUACCUUGUUAUGUCUUUUGGUUCUUCUUUUGUGCCAUAAUAGAAGGCAGGCACCCUUCGUUCAGGGAAGAUAAAGCUUAUCCACUUGGUCUUAAAAACACCAACACCGAUGCUCAACCAUUUUUUGAUUCAGAAAAUGAGAAUGUUAUAGAUAGUCAUGAAGAAAGUGUGAAUAUUGACCAUGAUGAUAUAGAUAAUAAUACAGAAGAUGAGUUAGAUGUGUUAAAAUUAUUCAAGGAUAAGCCAUUUGAUACGUGGGAAAUUGCAGAAUCUUACCUUGAUCAGUAUGGAAAACAAGAAGGAUUUUUCUUACGCAAACGCUGUCGUGUUGCUGAUCCUAAAGAUAAUAGCAUAACACGUUGUCGCACUUAUGAAUGUUCACAUGGAUGUACACAUGAAGCUGAUAAGACUUUGAAGAGAGAUUGGGUGCAACAACGCACUAAAACCUCAAAAGAAUGA